AGCGAUCGCUGCAAUGCAAGUGACAUCGACGUGGACGAGCACCGCCGACGCAUUGGCAUGCGACCUCGAGACGCUCGACGAUGGCUCUCUGGCCGUCAAGCUCGGCGCCAGCCUCUCUCUGGAGCGGCCGGAUGAAGAUUCGCCUUGCUCCAUCACGCUCGCGUUCCCAGCGGCGUGCACGCUCAAGACGCUCGAGCUCACGAGCUCCGCCCGCCACGCCGAAGUGUACGUCGGCAUCAUCAAUGCCAAGAAGGAGCGCGAGUUCAAGUACUUUGAGACGAUCCGCGGAGUGCGCGAUGGCAGUGAUAAGGACUUGUACCAAAUCGCCGCUUCGUUCCCGGCCAACGACGAGACCUACCAGCGCGCGGUCGCCAUCAUGCUCAAGUUUCUGUCGCUCCAGCCUGCUGCUAAGAAGCAUGUGCUGCGGCUGCAUGACAUGCACGUCCGCGCAAUGUCGGGGGCGUUGGCGCCACCGCAGAGUGCACCGAGCGCACCGUCGCUGAAUGGCGCCUCAAUGGCAAUGCUCUUUCAGGUUCAAAGUGCCAUGCAGGCGCAACUCGAAGCCAAGAUCUACAGCGCGAUCGACGCCAAGCUCGGACAGCUGGCGGCGCGGUUGCAGUCUUCGGAAGCGCUCGUCCAGCGCCUCGCCGCGCAGGUCCAGGAGAACCAGUCGACCCACGACGCGGCGGCGCUCGCCAGUGUCCUCGACCGUUUGAGCCACUUGGAGAACGAUUUUGCAGCACUCAAGACACAACAUGUGCCGAUUCCGGUCGAUCCAACCACGGACGACAGCGUAAAUUGAAUAGAAGCAGUGCUACGAACUGUACGCUGCGUUGAGGACCU